GCAAACUCCAAACAUAAGGUCCAACAUUCCCAUUUGCUUGCCAAACGACACAGAAUGAAGCCCUUUCCUUUCAUCCUCCUUACCUCUCUACUCCAUUUUCUACUAUUACAAUUCUCCACAGCAGCUGAUACCAUUUCUCCAUCAGAAUCCAUCACCGUCACGAAUACCUUGGUUUCUUCCGGCACAAGCUUCCAAUUAGGCCUCUUCUUUGCUGGCAGUUUACGGUAUUUAGGAAUAUGGUACAAGAACUUUCCAGAUACUGUUGUAUGGGUGGCCAACAGAGAAAAGCCUCUUGCAGAUUCAAAUGGAUCCUUGAUAUUAUCGAAAAACGGAAGCCUGAUCCUCUUAGACAAAAUGAACAACACUCUUUGGUCGUCCAAUUCUUCCCGAGCAGCAGAAGAUCCUGUUGCGCAGCUUUUGGAGACCGGAAAUCUUGUUGUUAGAGACAAGGCCGCAACUGAUUCAGAAGAUUAUGUAUGGCAAAGUUUUGAUUUCCCCACGGACACUUUGUUGCCGGAAAUGAAGUUGGGGUGGAAUUUCGGAACCGGCCUCAACAGAUUCUUGACUUCUUGGAAAAAUGCUAGCGACCCUUCUCCUGGAGAAUAUACUUAUGGGAUGGAUCGUGUUUUGUUGCCUCAGCUUGUUAUUUCAAAAGGAUCGAAGAAAAAGUUUCGUACUGGACCUUGGAACGGUAUCCGAAUCACAGGUACUCCUUUUCCAGCCCUUUCGUUCGGAGGGGUUGUGCAUCCAUAUUUUGUGUAUAAUUCCAAUGAGUUAUACUAUGCAUAUGGGGCUGUCAGUAAUUCUACCAUCACAAGGUUAAAGCUUACUGAAUCGGGCGAGAUCCAGCGGUUACUUGUCAAUAACGGAAGCACUGAAUGGGCUGUUAUGUAUACUUUGCGGAACGAUGAGUGCAGUAAUUAUGGACAAUGUGGAGCAAAUGGCUUUUGCAAGAUUAACAAAUCACCCAUUUGUGACUGCUUGCCGGGGUUUUUUCCGACAUCAACGAGCGAAUGGGGGGUGCUUAAUUGGACUCGUGGGUGCAGGAGGGAGACCCCACUGAAUUGUUCGAAGGGAGAAGGAUUUCUGAAAAUUGAAAAUGUGAAACUUCCGGACCAAUUGGAUUUUUGGGUCAAGAAUAGCACUACCACCAGAGAAUGCAAGGCAGAGUGCUUGACGAAUUGUUCUUGUGUAGCUUAUGCUAACUCAGAUAUCAAAAAUAAAAGCAGUCUCUGUCUGAUGUGGUUCGGCGACCUAAUUGAUCUGCGCGAGUUCAUUGAAGAAGAUAGUGAUCAAGAGCAAGAUAUAUAUAUUCGGGUGCCAUGGAAAACGAGUGGGAAGAAUGAUAAAAAAGUAGUACUCAUUUCAGUCAUAGCAGCCGUUUGUUUGCUACUUUUUCUCGGUUUGGCUUUGUUUUCCUGGUGUAUAAUUCUGAAGAGGAGAAGAAAUAAAAGAGCUUUAAGAGACAGUGAGGAGAACUUGGAGUUGCCACUGUUUGAUUUUGAUACAAUUGCAGCCGCCACCAAUCACUUCUCCCACACAAACAAGCUAGGAGAGGGAGGUUUUGGUUCGGUUUACAAGGCCAAGUUAACCCAAGAAGAAUUCAUUGCUGUAAAAAGACUCUCAAAAGAUUCUGGCCAAGGAAUUGAAGAGUUUAAGAACGAAGUUGCGAUGAUAGCCAAUCUUCAACAUUGGAAUCUUGUUAAACUUUUGGGCUGCUGCAUCGAAGGAGAUGAAAGGAUGCUGAUUUAUGAGUACAUGCCCAACAAAAGCUUGGAUUGCUUCAUUUUCGAUCAAAAUAGAAAGGUGUUGUUGAACUGGAAAAAGCGAUUCGACAUUAUCAUGGGAAUCGCACGAGGACUUCUCUACCUCCACCAAGACUCUAGACUAAGAAUCAUUCAUAGGGACCUUAAGAGCAGCAACAUCUUACUUGACGAUGAGUUGAACCCCAAAAUAUCUGACUUUGGCAUAGCAAGGAUUUUCGAACGCAAUCAAACUGAAGCAAAAACAAAACGCGUAAUUGGGACAUACGGAUAUAUGUCUCCUGAGUACGCAAUUGACGGGAAGUUUUCAGUGAAAUCUGAUGUCUUCAGUUUUGGAGUUCUUUUGUUGGAGAUAAUUUGUGGCAGAAAGAACAGAGGGUUUCACCAUCCAGAUCACGAUCACAAUCUUCUUGGACAUGCAUGGUUACUAUGGAAUAAAAGCAAGUGUUCGGAACUAAUAGAUCAAUGCUUAGAGUACUCGUACGUUGAGUUUGAGGUGCAAAGAUGCAUUCAAGUAGGUCUAUUAUGUGUUCAAAAGCUUCCAGUAGACAGACCGGCAAUGUCAUCAGUGGUGUUCAUGUUAGGCAAUGAGGGAGCGCCAUUGCCCCAACCGAAGGAGCCUGGUUUCUUUAGUGAAAGAAGCUCCGAGGACGUCGAUACCUUAGUCAACGAAGGUAGAAGCCAGACGGGAAGCUCAAUUACCAUUACCACGGUGGUAGCUAGAUAACCAACAUAUAUAUGGAUUCACUGGUCCGAUUUUCACACAUUCGACAUGGCGGAUACUAUGUAUAUUUUUAUACCAAGAGACACAGAAAGAGAUUGGCCUCAAUAUAUGGGAAGGCGGAUUGAGAAAUGUUAAAAAAACAUAUAAAAUUAUUUAUACAUAGAUUAACUGAGUGUGUGUUAGCUACAAUA